UGAUCGCGAAGUCAAAUAUAGUUCAGGGACAUUGUUCUGAGAUUAUUGCAUUUGGAAGUCAAAUUUUGUUCUGCGUCAUAAGUCAUUCAAGAGUUUUCAACGAAAUCAUUUGAUCUAAAACGUUGGGGGUUCAUUUGGCAGGUUUCUAAGAAGUUAUGGGUAGAUACUGUAAAUGACCCAAAUUAUUUCGGUCGUCGUGGCACAAAACAGUUUUCAAAAUUCCCGGGAACGGUCUCCAAAAUCAGAACUCCCCUCCAUGCCAGAAAACCUAGAACACCCGGACGACGUCGUAUUUGCCUCUCAUAGCGCCACAGGCCUCAGUCAGUGUGGCGGACAAGUUUUUCGAACUUGCCCCCCAAAUUGUGAAUCAAAAUUUGCCCACUUCGCCAUGCUGUUGAAACCCUAAUAAAGUUUUUCCCCCAUCUCCAUCUCUUGCUACUGACUCAUGCAAGCUGCAGAUAUGAGGUUGCUCUGCAAGCUGUAUCAAGCCACGAAUGAUCUCGUCGCUCUAUCCUUUCGGAAGGAAUCGAUGCGUGCCAUCCGUUUCCUAUCUGUAAAAUACCCCCAAACCCCUUCAUUUUCCCGCCAAUAUCACUCCUCGGUUGCCCUCAGAUGCUCUGAACAUGCUGCCGAAGCAAUUGAUCUUUCCGCCGGCUGGAAGUCCGAUUUGGAGUCCGUAAACUCCCUUUCGACUUCGGGAAGCCUCAACGAUGACAGUAACGUGGAGACUUUUUACGACCCGAUGUCCGGGAGUGUGAGGACGAGGGCUGUAAGAUAUCGGAAGGGAAAAGGCAGUAGCAGCGAGGAUAGUGAUGACAACAGUGGUAGUAAUGGUUUGUCGAAUUACGAGGUCGGGGGGUCUAGGGUUUAUGGGGAUAUUAUUGGGAAGGCAAAUAAGAAGGGGAAGAGUAAGGCUGUUUGGGUGUGCUCUAGUUGUGGCAACUCGAAUGGUCAGUGGUGGGGGAGUUGUCCUUCUUGCAAGAUGGCAGGUACUAUGAAGCGUUUUUCUGUUGGAGAAGCAGAGAGUACUGACGGUGGAGCUAAAGUGAGUGGGAUUAAGGUCUCGGAGAAUAUAGCGCGGACUUGGCUGGGUCAGAGUUCUACUGAUGCUGGUGUUCCUAUUAGGCUCUCCGAUGUGAAUAGAGCAAUCAGCCCAACGGAUUGGCGAAUUCCGCUGUCUGGACUAUUUGGAGCUGAAGUUGGAAGGGUGCUUGGUGGUGGUGUUGUGCCAGGAUCUUUGAUUUUAGUUGGGGGUGAUCCGGGUGUUGGAAAGAGCACAUUAAUGUUACAGAUUGCUGCAAUAAUGGCUGAAGGGCACAAUACAGGUGGGCCAGCUCCAGUUCUUUAUGUCUCUGGUGAAGAGAGCAUUGAACAAGUUGGGAACAGAGCUGAUCGCAUGAAAAUUGGGACGACAGAACUUUUCUUGUAUUCAAGUACUGAUAUUGAGGACAUGUUAGCAAAGGCGCAACCUCUUUCCCCUCGGGCCUUGGUGGUUGAUUCGAUUCAGACAGUUUACCUGCAGGGUGUGACUGGAAGUGCAGGAAGCAUAACGCAGGUAAAAGAAUGCACUGCUGCCUUGCUGCGGUUUGCUAAGAAGACAAACAUCCCAAUCCUUUUGGCUGGGCAUGUGACUAAAUCUGGAGAUAUAGCUGGACCCCGUGCUUUGGAGCAUAUUGUUGAUGUUGUGCUAUAUAUGGAGGGGGACAAAUCUUCUUCUCAUCGUCUGCUUCGAUCUGUGAAGAAUCGGUUUGGAACCACGGAUGAGCUUGGAGUUUUUGAAAUGUCGCAAUCUGGAUUACAAGCUGUUUUUAAUCCCAGUGAGAUAUUUAUGAGUGAAGAGCAGUCAGAUUCAGAGUUCUUAGUCGGUUUAGCUGUGGCUGUAGUUAUGGAUGGCUCACGGGCUUUUCUCAUUGAGAUUCAGGCAUUGUGCGUAUCGGGUUCAUUCACAAGACAAUUAAAUGGUGUUCAUGGGAGCAAAGCCGAGAUGAUAGCUGCCGUUCUUAUGAAACAAGCUGGAAUAAAGCUGCAACAGGAUGUAAGCAUCUUUCUGGAUCUAAUUUAAUUAAGUUGAUUAAAGGAAGUUGCCUUUCAUGGAUGUUAUAUUUUUUUGUCUCUGCUAUUCUUUCUUAAAGUAUGUCUUUUCUCAUUCUGGAAUGUAAAUAUGCUCUGGUAGCUAUAAGAUAACAUUAUGGCAGUUGAAUUUGGAGGACUGCUGUGAACUUUUGUGGGCAAAUGAUCAUAAUGUGUGGAUGUAAGAAUUUUAUUUUAUUAUUUGUAUAUCUUUUUGGCAUGAUCUUGACUGUAAGAUGAAAUGCCUUCUGCAGUUGAGUUUUGUUUGUUUUUGAAGGAAAAGUAGAUUAAAUAAAGUAUUUACAAAAUGUCAAUCUGUCAUUAUUAGAACACUUUUUUGUUAAUUGCUGUAGUUUAUGUAUGGUUUUGAAGAUUCUAUGACCUAAAAGGGUUAAGGAGACAUAGCGAGGGUGUAAGAAUGAAACCGGAGCUGAGAUUACAUGGACAAUAUAGUCCAAAUGGCUGUGCUGGGUUAACGAUACCAAACUUCAUGACAUAGAACUUUUACUGUGCACAUCUCUUGCUGAACAGUUUUUAUAUCUCCUUAACUUCUUGCUGUCAAUUGUAGGCACUUUUUAUCAAUGUUUUGAGUGGUGCUAAGGUAUCAGAGACUGCCGGAGAUCUUGCCGUUGCUGCUGCAAUUUGCAGCAGGUAAUACAAGUUAACAUCCAAGAUUUUUAUUUUUCUUCAGAUGCAACGGCAUAUAGAUAUAUUUUGGGAGUCCUUUUUUGCUUCUUUCUGUCCAUGUGACGCUUGGUAUAGAAAUUGAGUCUAAGACUGUUGGCUGAGCAAAUGGUUUUUGUCUCUUUCAGGGAGUUUGUUGUAAAUCUUAGAUAUUUAAUGGAUACGUGAUUAAAGUUUUUGUGCAUUUGUCUGUACGUUGUUAUUAUGGUGUUGUGCUUAUUUGUUUACAGAGGUAGUCGUUGGGUUAAUUUUUGUGCGAAUUGUAAAAAACGUAGCUGAAAUCAUGUUCCGGUGCUGCACAUCCUACAUUUAGUGUUUUGCUUGAAGUUUCUUUUAGGCUUUAAUUGAUUGAUGUGUUGUAUGUGUAUCACUCUUUCUUGCUUCUUUGUACUCUUCCAGUCACUUGGAAUAUCCUAUUCCGAAGGGGGUUGCAUUCAUUGGAGAAGUUGGCCUUGCUGGGGAGUUACGUACGGUAUGAAACUUCUUAGCUUUCAUCAAUCUGUAUAAUCGAUGUGAAUGAUGGUUAAAGCUGAAGUACUGCUUUUACUGCCUUUUUUCCACACUGACUUAAAGCAGUAUUUUGACAUUAAUAAAAAGUACUGCUCCAGAACCCAUGAUGCAUCGUUGAUAACUAAGCUUUAAGCUGAAUGCAAAAGCAUUCUUCUUUGCUGCUGUGGUGAGUUUUUUUGCGGUGUCCAUGCAGGUACCAAGAAUGGAGAAAAGGGUUAAUACACUGGUGAAGUUGGGUUAUAAGAAGUGUAUUGUUCCGGCAUCAGAUGUGAAAUUUUUGUCGACUCUGGAUCUUGGGGAGCUUCAGAUUGUUGGGUGUAAGAAUUUGAAGGAUAUGAUUAACAAAGUAUUCAUAAGAUCAUGAGAAAUGAUGGGUAGAACUCUGGGUAUGAUGUGUAUAUUGGGGCGAGUAAUUUUUGGCAUAGAUGACAAGUUGAAGUUUUAGGGUAUGAUGAUGUAUAUAUGGGACUGAUACUUUUGGCAAUGGAUUGUGGAAUGCAAUUCCGGCUAAUUUACGGUUUUGAAGCGCCGGAGCCUUAACCUUUAAACGUGUCUAUCUGGACCGUUUGCAACAUGACUGCUGGUUCAGUUCUCUUCACUAAUUUUGCAUAAUUAAUACCAAACCUACACUUCCACAGAAGUAAAAUCACUUGUUAGUUGUUAUCAUAGAUUUUCCCCC